CCCUCUGUUCCACUUCGUGCUCGAGCCACAUCGGAUCUCAUCUUUUGUCCAUAAACCAACAGCAAAGGGACUCUCUCGCCCAAUUCCCCUGGCUCACACUAUACAUGCACGUCUCGAAGCGUCAAAGCAGCAAGACAAUCACCCAAGAAGGAACCAAACCCAGCUUCUAUAUAUACACAGACCAGCUCCUGAUCCUCUUCUCGCUCUCUUUCUCACAGACCCACCUCUUCCCUCUUCUUUAAUUUGUUUCCCCUGUUCGUUCUCAGAACAGAGCACGUCCGCUUCUGCAACGAGAACAACAAAAGACAGAACGCAAAGGACGUCCCUUUGCCCGUCUUCUCAAGAAAAAACAGUGCUGCUUUUCUUGGGAGCUCAAGAUCAAGCUGCGAGAAAGGUUCUUGCUUGCUUCAGGGAAAGUCGCUUCGAAAGCUCAAGAACGGCGACACUUGGUUCUGGGUCCGUUUCGCAUUCGGUUCGUGCGUGGGUUUUUCCUGAUUUUGAGGGGUCGAGUGGAGGCUGGUUUUUGAAGUCGAAUGGGGCUUGAGUGACGAAGAAACGAGGCGUUGGAGUGAGCGGAGCAGGGAUGGCUUCGGUGGUGAAGACCAAGCUCAAGAGCCUGUGCUGCGACAACGGCUGGUCAUACGGUGUGUUCUGGCGUUUUGAUCACAGGAACCCCAUGUUGUUGACCGUGGAAGAUGCUUAUUUUGAAGAACAAUUAGAGACGGCGGUGAACGGUGUGAUCCAACAGGUGCACCUGCUGGGUGAGGGAGUUAUUGGCCAAGCCGCUUUCACGGGGAAGCAGCGAUGGAUAAAUGAAGAUGUUCGUGGAGAACAAUUCUGUUGUGUUGAUAACACUGGUCUCCAGGAUGAGUCUGAGAUGCAUCGGGAGUUUUCAGCUGGAAUUAAGACUAUCGGGGUUAUCCCUGUGGAAAAACUGGGAGUCGUGCAAGUUGGAGCCAUGAAAAAGAUUCCAGAGAGUUCGGAAUUCUUGGAUAAAGUAAAGAAACUGUUUCGAGAGAUGGGAAAUAUCGAUGGCAGGCUUCACUUGGAAAAUGAUCCUUCGUCUCUGAACAAUGACGGCCAUGUCCUGAAUGGGUUGUUUGCUUCAUUACUCUUAUCUCGGAGCUCCCACAGCGGGAAUCUGAUGUCAGUGAACAGCGACAACCACACAGAUCUGACAGGAGAUGCCCGCUCUGCAGAAGAUCUGAUCCCAUUAUUGGGACAUACGUGGGACAAAUACUCUGGAGACAUGGUCUCUAUGCUUGGGGGAGUUUCAAAUUUUAACCACCAAAUGCAAAAGCCCAUCUCGCAUCCCGACAUGCCUAUUGCUUCUCAUGAGCCUCGGCAUUUACAACCAACCUCUCUCAUGAAAUAUGCAUCUUCCGGAACUUGCACCAGUUCAUGGAGCGGCGGUGGUUCGGCUUUAACUUCACUCGAGCCAUCAUUGCCACAGAAUUUUCCUCAUGCGUACUCUACAAGUACGAGAAAGAACAAGUUAACGUCCUUUAGCAGCUCAGUGAAGAGUUCCUGUGCUUCUUCCGCUGUCUCAACACCAUCAUCAUCAUGCGACAGAGGACUGGUAGAGAGGAAAACAAUGCAAGACAUCUCGGGGAACUCCGCGAACAACCGACAAUGUGCUCCACACAUGCAAGAAAUUUGUGGUCAACUUCCAAGUGUAUCAUCUGGCCAGAAAAGAUCUGCUGAUUAUCUUCAACAAACCGAAGAUUGUUCUAAUUCAUGUCUGGUGGAUGAUCUUUCUGAAUGGUUUUCCGAUUUGCCGGAGCACGGCCUCUUUGGAAUGGCCAGCUCUUUGGAUAAGAGCCUUGCACAUUCCACGGCACUUUCCUCCAUCUCAUCUGUCAUCGAUAGAGGUGAUUAUACUUGCGAACUUUCGAUCAAUCAAGCAACUGGCUCUCCGUGGAAUUCCAUUUCUAAUGCCUUCACAAUGGAAGAGAAGACGAUUAAUAUUCAAAAUGUUGAAAGAGAAGUGUUUGACGAUUUUGGAGCGAAUGCCGGAUGCAAACUCGAGCCUGAAUAUUAUGAAGAUGGCGGCCCUUGGAAAGGUCUAUUCUCCGAAUUGGGAUUAGAAGAUUUCUUUGAAGGUAACCAGAACUCAAUGACGAAUUUAGGUUUUCAGGAAUCACCUCCCUUUGCUCAAAGAAAAAUGGUAGAGCAACCGUACAAUGAUUCUAAACAGUUUCAGUCGUUGAAUCUUUCUUGCUCUGGGAGUAUGAGGACCUCUAUGAACCCCAUGCACUAUUUAUGCAAGGAAAAAGAUAUUGUUCAAAGGGAGGCGGUUUUCCCUAAGUCGCAGGUCGGCUUAUGGAUUGAUGAUAGCUAUAGCAUCAACACAAGAGGCGUGACUGUCAUGCCACCAAAGAGGACAGAAGAACUCAUGAAAGCCCCCAGGAAAAGGGCUAGACCCGGUGAAAGUACAAGGCCAAGACCGAAAGACCGUCAACAGAUACAAGACCGCCUCAAAGAGUUGCGAGGGAUCAUCCCUAAUGGGGCAAAGUGUAGCAUUGAUGCUUUGUUAGAUCGCACAAUCAAACACAUGCUCUUCUUGCAAAACAUGAUGAAGUAUGCUGAUAAGCUUAAGCGAGCUGAUGACUCAAAGCUGAUUGGCCAAGGUAACAAUUUGGUCCUCAAAAACGAAAGAGAUGGGAGGGAUGUAGGAGAUGGCAGCAGAGGCGGUGCUACUUGGGCCUACGAAGUUGGAGGUCAAGCCAUGGUGUGUCCUAUAGUAGUCGAAGACCUUGGCCCGCCGGGACAAAUGCUUAUUGAGAUGCUUUGCGACGAUCAAGGAUUAUUCCUUGAGAUAGCGGAUAUAAUCCGAGGCUUUGGCCUUGAUAUAUUGAAAGGAGAGAUGGGAGUUCAAGAGGACAAGAUAUGGUCCCGCUUCAUUGUUGAGGCGAAUAGGCAUGUGACAAGGAUGGAUGUGUUUUGGUCCCUUAUUCAGCUUGUCCAAGAAACAAAUAGCUGCGGUGGCAAUUUAACUACACAGCCUACUGAUGCCGCGGAUAGCCAAUUCUUUUCAUGUAAUGACUACAAAGAGUCGCUCUUGCCACUUCCAAUCAGCUGAUCGGGACACUCCCAUGUCCAGGAUCAUUUCACAUCCGAAGAUAUAUUUGAAUGUCUCGAUCGUACAUAGUGAUAGACCGCCCUCUGUUUGUUAGGAAAGUCACGUCAAAGCGCAGUUCAUCCUGCGUCUCCUAUAAACAAGGAAGACAGGCAGAAGAUCGACAUAUAUAUAGUGAGAACGAUCAAGGCGCUGUGAAAGAUCAUUUCGCUUCAGAGAUGCAUGACCAACGGAGCAGGAAUUUCGGAGAAUAGGCACUAGACCGAUCUAGAUGGCGUAUGAAGAUUUUAUCGGGUUUCUCAGAGUAAGAUAUGCUAGCGUGAUGUGUGACCGUUUGGUUUUUAGCUUUUACUUUCCUUCCCGCUUCUUUUCACGGCCUCCUAAUGAUUUGUGGCGUAACUGUUAAUACCCUUUGAUCAAUUGGCUAGUUAUAGGCUAACAUCUAACGGGUUCCUUGGCCUUCAUGCCCCUGUAUUUGUUUCAUUACAUAAUUAAUCAUAUGAAUCUCUCUCUCUCUCUC